AUGGGGCAGCAGGUAAUUAGAGUGACGGGUUUUAUGAAAGGACUUUACACAGAUUUUGAAUUGAAAUCAGAUAACGUUAAGGAUAAAGAUGCCAAAAUCAGCUUCCUUCAGAAGGCAAUUGAUGCUGUUAUUAUGGUAACAGGAGAGCCACUGUCAGUAAAACCAGCGCGUGUCGUGGCUGGACACGAACCCGAAAAAACCAAUGAAUUUCUGCAAGCAAUUGGGAAGUGUUGCUUAAAUAAACUGUCCAGUGAUAUUGCUGUAAAAAGGAUCUUAGCUGGGGAAAGAGCUGAUGCUAAAGGGAAACCUCUGUCCUCUAAAUCUCGAGAUAAAGAAAGCAGAGAAUCCAAAACAGAAGAACAAAAAACCCAUAAAGAGGGUAGAGGAGACACUGAAAUUAAAGACAGAAGCUCAAGCAGAGACAGAAAACCCAAAGGAGACUUGAAAGAGAGCGAAGAAAGAGAAAAGGAAAGUGAUAAACAGAAGGAUAAUGAAGACAGACACAAAGACCCUGAAAGAGACACCUUUAAGGAAGGAGAAAAACAAGAAAGGGAAAGAAACAAAAGCAGAACAACCAAGCAAGGAAGAGAAACAGAAAAAAAAAAGGGGAAAGGAGACAUAGAACGAGAAGAUGAUCUCGAGUGUGAUAAAGGACAGGAAAGAGAGAAAAAAAAUGAAGGAGGAAGAGAAAAGGACACACUGAAAGGAAGAGACAAAGAUAAGGCUAGGGACAGAGAACGAGAGAAAGACAGAGAUGGAGGAAGAGAUCGGGAAAGGGAUAGACAAAGGGACAGAGAAAAAGAUGUGGAGCAUUUAAGAGAACAUGGAAAGGAUAAAGCAGAGAAAAAGAGUGAAAAUCCUGCAGGAAUAUCAAGGCAGCCUUCAACAAAAGGAUCAAGGCAACGCGCCAGACCCGAAGAAGAAGGAACUGUGGAAACGAAGAGCAUGGCAGAUAGAAUUUCAGGGGACAGUGUUGCUAAACUGCAAGAGAAAGCUGAACCAGGACUUGCAGUGAAACAGAAAGAAGAAGCAGAGAACAUGGCUCCCAAAAAGCCUGCAGUGUCUGAAAAUGGUGAAGUACCUAGCGAUCUUCCACCUCAGCCCAUCCAAAGACGCAUUCCCCGUCCUAGCAGUGCAAGACCAGCACCGCCCAGAGUAAAACGUCAAGAAAGCGCAGCGGUCUUACUUCCAGAAAGGAGUGGUAGUGGUAAAACAGUCUCAAAUGUGAUCAUAGACCAGCAGAUUUCUGAUGAUGAUGAUGAUGACCAGUUUGUGGUGGAGGCAGCACUGCCACUGCCAGAAAUGCCAGAGAUGGAAAUGGAGCCAGAAUUGGAGCUGGUUGAGGAUGAAAAGCACGGUGGGCUUGUAAAAAGAAUCCUAGAAACAAAGAAAGAUUAUGAGGCAUCACAGAAAUCAUCAAAGACGACAGAGAGGGAGAAGCCUUUUGUAUCGGAAGCAGCUAGGAAGAAAGAGAGAGACUUGGUGGCCAAAGAAAUUGAGAAGUUUCAGGUCUCUAUUCAGACUCUGUGCCAGAGUGCCCUUACGCUUGGCAGGAUCAUGGAUUACAUUCAGGAAGACAUGGAUGCCAUGAAGAAUGAGUUGCAGAUGUGGCGGCACGAGAACAGACAGCAUGCAGAAGCUCUACAGAAAGAGCAAAGCAUCACAGACAGUGCUGUAGAACCAUUAAAAGCUGAUCUGGCUGAACUGGAACAGUUGAUUAAAGACCAGCAAGACAAGAUCUGUGCUGUAAAAGCUAAUAUUUUAAAGAACGAAGAAAAAAUCCGGAGGAUGGUUCUUAGCAUAAACCUGUCUUCAAGAAGGUGAAGAAGAGGGAAAAAAAAAAAAAAGCCUUGGGACUGACUGGCAUUCCUACCAAAUAAAAACAAAAUAGCGGAGAAAACUAAGAUAUGCCUUGUUUAGAUAUAAAAUGUUUAGGGACCAGAAGUCUACAAAUUAUAUAAAAUUCCAUUAUUGCAUUGAUCUUUAGAUGUUGAUAUUACCCAAGAUAAAAUUAUAUUCAUUUGAAUGC